AGCAGAGUGGCAACUCAUGAAGAGAGAGCUUUUUGAGGAGAUCUGCAGCCAGAUACCUGUGGACUUUAACCGUCUGCCUUACGUUUACAGUUGUUCAGGCCUGGAAGCACCACACGCAUUGAGGCAGGCUGUAGGGACAAUGUCCUCUGAGCCACACGACCUGUCUUUCCCAUCCACAAGCAGCAGAAGCUCACCAACACCAUCUCCAGGCCAUCUACACUCCUUUGACCACCUAGAGAUACCCGGCUUUCAGAUGCCAGAAUCACAGUGUCACCAGGGCAGUGUUGGUGAGGUUUUUGCAUCGUACUCUCAUAGAGAAAGCGCUCCCUGUAGGCUGAAGAGCGCUAUUGCCGAGCGCUUUCGCAGACACAGCAUAGAUGGGGGUCCUGUCCAUGAAUGCGGUUUGGCAGAGAACAGGCACUUCCAUCCAUACAGUCGGCAAUGCAGUGAAGGGGCCGUUCCCGAGGCUUUUAGGGGUCUCGGGGUGGCAGCUGCUGGACUGGACGAACAAUCCUCUUGGACUCCAUUAAGCUCUGAUGUGGACACCACCAGUUUCAUGGGAACUCAGCAGCUCUACAAUGAACCAGAGACGAGAUCUGAGGAACCUCCCAGCUACACUUCAGUUACCCAUCAGAUGUACGGCACACUCAUCCCUGCAAAACAGCAGUUUUCUGGUGUGUACUCCUCAAGAGGAAUAGACGUUGUACCUCAUUACUGUAACCAAAGUCUGUCUUCACAAACAUCUCCGGACAGUUCUGCCCCGCCACUGUACCCUAAACCUGUCUAUUCUUAUAGUAUUCUCAUCUUCCUGGCUUUAAGGAACAGCAAAACAGGCAGUCUGCCAGUAAACGAGAUCUACAGCUUCAUGACGGAACAUUUCCCCUACUUUAAGACAGCCCCCGAUGGUUGGAAGAACUCUGUCCGACACAACCUGUCAUUGAACAAAUGCUUUGAGAAGGUGGAGAACAAGAAUGGGAACUCCUCUCGUAAGGGCUGCCUGUGGGCCCUGAAUCCAGCCAAAGUGGAAAAGAUGCAGGAGGAGCUACACAAGUGGAGGCGUAAAGAUCCUCUCACUGUACGCCGCAGCAUGGCCCGACCAGAGGAGUUGGAACGUCUGCUUGGGGAAAGACCUGAGAAGUUAAAGAAUCUUGGUGCUUACUUCAGUUUACAUAGCCAUACACAUUCCCAUCCCUUAAGAGUUAGCAUGCAUCCAUCCUAUGGACAACCACUUGUCCAUGAGACCAGUGUCCAGCAUCAGAAAUCUCCCUAUAGCCCUCUGUCAUCUCAAACUGUCCACCCACCUCCCCCAUACUUAUCCCCAGACUCUUCAGCUUUCUCCUUCUACUCGCCUAUCUCCCAGUUGCCCUGCGCUGGGAAUCCUCCCAGCCCCAGCACUGGCAAUCUGGAUUCUGCAUUACCAGCCCACACCCCGCCAAGCUACAGCACCACCCUGCAGGCCGGUCACGGUACAGCAAGGGCUAUGCAGGAACUUCUGCUGGAGGGGGAAAUCAAUAAUGAUGUUGACGCAUUAAAUCCCAGCCUUACAGACCUACAGUUACAUGGAAAUCUUUGGGAGGAGCUAAGGAAUGAUAGCCUCGCUCCAGAUUCGUUGGCAGUCAUGGACACAUUGUUCUCCCCGUCUCGGCUUAGUCCCACUCAAGCAGGAGGUGAUGUGGAGCUAUACAGCUUCCCUGCUGGAGAGUUGGGGUCAGUUGGGACUGAAAACAGGGUGCAAGGCAACAUUUCGGAGCUGUUCCUGAAUAGGCUUUACACGGCUGCUUUUACCAGUGCAGACAGCAUGCCAGGUCUCCACUCCACAUCAGAAAACACUCCUAUUCCUCUCUUAUGAUAAAACCCUCUACAUUAAUCCAGUCCUCAUGCAGACAAUAACCGAGCCGCUCCUCUGAGACCUUUAAGAAGGGGACCAUUUAAGACUCCCAACUGUUAGCAAAUAAGUUUGUCAGAUCCUGUAAAAUGAGGUGCAAGUCCAAAACACAGAAAUACUUGAUCACACUGUGAUUCCAAUGCUGAAAAUGAUAACAGAGUAAUAAACCACUUUAUUUGCUUUAGAUUUUCUAAUGUUUACUACACACAAUAAAUUGUGUGACACAAAUUCUUGAUUUGGUAUGCUCAAAAUCACUUUUAAAUGAGUAACUUCAAUGUGGCCUUGCCAAUGUUGCUUGUGUGCAAUUAUGAUAUCCCUGAUACUUUCAAUGUUUCAGCUGGUAAGAUUUCAAUGAGGCGUUUCAGGCUUGCUGUGAUGAAUGAGUAGUUUUGUUUUUACAGUCAGUAUUGAUUUCUGUGUUUGCAUUUGCCAUGGCAACCACAGGGGGGCGUGGUUGUCUUUAUUACAGUAAAAAAUGCUGGGCUGUUGUCAACCCAUGGUUGGGUAUAAUAUGGACAAAACCAGUCCUUGGGUUAUAUAACUUAACCUAUGCUGGAGACACAACAACCUAGCAUUUUUAAUGUGAAUGGUCUUCCCACAUGAACGCAUAGAAAAGCACUACAUCAAGUUAAAAAGCCACUUCUUAAUUGACAGAUAUUUACUGUCUCUCUGCAAGCAUACCGUAUGUGACGGUAAUAUCGAAGAUUUUUCUUUUCUUGUCAACAAUCCAAUGUACCAGAAUGUUUGAUUGGGGAAAAAUUCUACAAAUAUAAGGCUUAUUAUAUCCAUACUGUGUGUCCAUCUGGUGGACAUGUCAAUUAUAUAAAACAUUUUAAUAGAACUAAUAUGAACAUAUGGCAAAUGUACGUAUAUAAUUGUAAGUAAUUUCCUCCCUGGUUGUGUUAUAUAUUAUUCCUUUAAUUAUUUACAGUGUAAGUAUUAUUUUGUCUGAAUUUCAGCACAAUGCAGUAGCAUUAUGAA